AUGCAACCGGAAUCUUCUUUCCUCCGUUGCGAAUAUAGGAAGGAAAAUAUCCGAGGUCUGUACUCUAGAAGAAAGUUCAAGAAAGGUGAGGUAGUAUGUACAGAAGUUCCAACUGCCUUACUACUGAAGGACAACGCACGCACAGAAUUAGAUCCUGUUUCCUGUUCGAAUUGUUACAAAGUUUUCUAUGUGAAAGAUUUGCAAAGUUUUCGCAAAUGCAACCUCACUCCGAGGUGUAAUGCGCUUUUUUGCUCGAACGUUUGCUUCAAUUUUGCGUUAAAGGGAUCAGAAGGUUCCAAUUCUGACGUUGGUUGGCAUAAUUUCACGUGCGUUGAAGUUCUUGGUAGUCUUAGAACUGAGCAAUAUUUCUUGGAACAAGAUGCAUGCCAACUCGCUACUAUAAUUUUAGCAAAAUCAAUAUCCAAAGUGUCUGCUUCCCCAACCGAAAUUGACAGAGAAAUAGCUAUUUUAUCUUCUCGAUAUUCAACAGACAAGUUAGAAAUUCCGAUGAGUGAUAAAUUUGAAAAAGAAAACGGAAUUAAUCAUCUUAUGUUAUAUCAGAACAGUAUCCGACAGCUUCGCACUCGUACCUUUGAGUUCCGGCCUCUUUUAGAAGAGAGCUGGCUUUCCAAACUUGGAGAAUUCAGUAAUGCUAUCCAAAAAUUCUUGGAACAGGAGUUUUUCUUAAAGUUAGUUACUGGAAUUCAAGUUUGUGUCCGUGCUAUCGAAGUCGACCCAUCUGAUAAUACAGCUGGCAUAACGGACUCGAAUUCCAGAAUAUCUAUGAAUGCGCGCGUCAGACUAACUUUGAAGGACAGCUACAGCAAACGUGGAAUAAUGAAAAAAGCUACAGAUUUGUGCUGUAUAGAAAAAAGUAUUGAACGACUGAAUUCUUCUCUUUAUUGCGGUGCACUUGUUUCCUUACUAAAUCAUAGUUGCUGUCCUAAUAUUCAGCUUGAGACUACCCAUCGAAGUAAGCUUGGUUUGCGGGUGAAAUAUGUAGCUAUACAAAACAUUUUUCCAGAUGAUAUACUUACGGUUUCAUACAUACCCACACAGCUUGAUAUUUGUUCACGGAAGAAUCAGUUAAUUUAUCACUACGGAAUUACGUGCAAAUGUUGCAAAUGCUUGUGGGAAAAUGGUGGCUUCGAGUUCUCGCGUGAAGAUAUAGUUUCAAUGUCACAUUUUGCUUUUGACGAAUACAGGUUCAGAGACUCUCUAAAUCUAGUGAAAUUUGGCAUUAAAAGAUGGGGAAGAGAUGAGGAGCUCUUCCAUAUCAUGGGUAUGAUCCAGUUGGCCUUGGGAAAAUGGUCGAAAGCUCACGACAUUUGGCGUGUAGAGCACUUUGCCAGUGGAUUUUCUCAAUCCUUAAAGAAGCAGAAGCGGAAAGACGAAGCUUACUUAACACGGCUUUCGAGGAGUCCCUCAAAUCUUUGGCACAAGUUCGAGCCUUCAUUUUCAAAGACCUGGAUAACAUUGGCUGCUGGAGCCAUUUGGCUGUUGCCAUCUCACAAUAUUUCUAAGAGAACUUGCGAGCAUUGGAUUGUCCUAGCGGAAAAGUUUGCUUCUUUACAAGGAGGAUGGUGUACAAACAGACAUAUUUCGGUCCCAACAACUGAUUUACCUGUUCAUCUUAUUCCUGAGCUUGUGGAUGAGUGGAAUUUAUUCGUAUUCUCUGAUUUAAUUCCGCUGGCUAAACAAAUACUCACUACUAGCAUGUUUAGAAAACGUCUUUGUGUGCAUGACGCAUUCAUUGUAAAGUAUGAUGCAUCCAAGGGAUGUGAUCAUCUCCCGAUUCAUAGGGACCAGAGUGAAAUCAGUGUUACUAUCGCACUCAACUCAAACUCUGACUUCAGUGGAGGUGGAGGAACUAUGUUCCCAAAUUUGGGAAUAACGAUCUGCCCUAAAAUUGGAGAAAUUCUUCUUUUCCGGGGAGAUUUAGAACAUAGUGGAUUCCCAAUUAAUGGUGGUAUAAGAUACAUAGUUGCCGCAUUUUUUUAUUUCGACAAAGAAACAUAA